AUGGGCGCCGACGAUAGGAAACUCGGUGUUUUCAUUCGGGACCUUGUACUAGCCGCAGCCUUGCCCAUCGCCCUAUACUUCUUCGCCUCGGAGACACUCAGACGUCUCGACCCCGAUGCUAAUGCCAAACGAGAGGCGCAGCAAAAGGCAGUCGCCGCCAGCAACCGACUCAACUCCAUCUUCUCCAGCAACAACCGACUCGACGAUCCCAGCGACGACGAGGACUACACAGACACAGAAUCAGAAGGCGAGCAAAGUCGAAGUCGCAGCCGACGCAGGAGAAGAAGAAGGCGAUCGCCACCGCGGAAGCGCGUACAGGACUUUGACCUGACUCAGUAUGAGCAGGUAAUCGCAGGGGAGGUGGUGUCCCCGGCUGACAUUCCAGUCACCUUCAAGGAUAUAGGAGGGCUGGAUGAGAUUAUCGAGGAGCUGCGCGAAGCUGUCAUCUAUCCGCUUACGCUUCCCCAUCUCUACUCUGGCCACUCUUCGCUCUUAACCGCACCAUCAGGCGUGCUUCUGUAUGGCCCUCCAGGAUGCGGCAAGACGAUGCUUGCCAAAGCUCUGGCGCGCGAGUCGGGUGCUUGCUUCAUCAACCUUCACAUCUCCACGCUGACGGAGAAAUGGUAUGGCGAUAGCAAUAAGCUCGUCGCAGCAGUGUUCUCGCUUGCGCGGAAGCUGCAGCCAGCUAUCGUCUUUAUUGACGAAAUUGACGCUGUUCUCGGCACUCGCCGCAGCGGCGAGCACGAGGCAAGCGGUAUGGUCAAGGCCGAGUUCAUGACACAUUGGGACGGCUUGGCUUCUGCAACGACGGAAGGCGGCAAUCAACGGAUUUGUGUGAUGGGUGCCACGAACCGGAUACAGGAUAUUGAUGAGGCUAUCUUGAGGAGAAUGCCGAAGAAGUUUGCAGUCGGGCUACCGAAUGCGGCGCAACGGCGGUCGAUAUUUGAGCUGACGUUGAGAGAUACGAAGAUCGACACGACGGAUACUCAGGCCGAUUACGAGACUGCGUCAUCCACAAGAGUAAAUGGCUCAAAUGGGAGGAGAGCGGCGUUCGAACUCGAUGUGCUCGUGCGGCUGAGUGCAGGAAUGAGCGGAAGCGAUAUCAAGGAGGCUUGUCGUGACGCAGCGAUGGUGCCGGUUAGGGAGUACAUCAGGACGCAGACGCAGAGUGGGAAGAGGAUGCGUGGCAUUCGUGGAGACGACGUGAGGGGCCUACAAACCGAGGAUUUCUUUGGGCUGAGGAAGCCGGGACCGGCACAGCAGAGGUUGCAGCAAGCUCAGGAAGCUCACCGUGAGCUUGAGCACAACGACCAGGGAAGUGCGCAUAGUGGGAGCACGGAAGAGGUUGACGAUUUCGAUGAUGUUGAUACUGGUACAAAGCCCUCGGCGGACAGGAGAGGACGGUGGCAAGAAGAAGUAAGAUGA